AUGUCCGAGUCGCUAUCUCUGCCCAACGAUUUCGAAUGGGGCUUCGCUACGGCCGCCUACCAGAUCGAAGGGGCUGUAAAGGAAGGGGGCCGUGGGCCGUCCAUCUGGGACACCUACUGUCACUUGGAGCCCUCUCGCACCAACGGCGCCAACGGCGAUGUUGCCUGCGAUCACUAUCACCGCUACGAUGAAGACUUUGAUCUCUUGACCAAGUACGGCGCCAAGGCCUACCGCUUCUCGCUGUCGUGGUCGCGCAUCAUUCCUCUUGGUGGCAGGCUUGAUCCCGUCAACGAGGAGGGCAUCCAGUUCUACAGCGAUCUGAUCGAUGCCUUGUUGAAGCGGGGAGUUACCCCUUGGGUGACUCUAUAUCACUGGGAUCUUCCCCAGGCGCUUCACGACAGGUAUGGAGGCUGGUUGAACGUGGAAGAGGUCCAGCUGGACUUUGAGAGAUAUGCGAGGUUGUGCUUUGAGCGCUUUGGAGACCGGGUCAAGAACUGGAUCACCAUCAACGAGCCGUGGAUCCAGUCCAUCUAUGGCUAUGCCACCGGCAGCAACGCUCCCGGCAGGAGCAGCAUAAACAAGCACUCCACCGAGGGCGACACAACCACUGAGCCAUGGCUGGCUGGAAAAGCCCAGAUCAUGAGCCACGCUCGCGCCGUGGCCGUCUACAGCAAAGACUUUCGCGCUUCUCAAAAGGGGCAGAUCGGCAUCUCGCUCAACGGCGACUACUAUGAGCCCUGGGACAGCAGCGAUCCCAGAGACAAGGAGGCUGCGGAGCGACGCAUGGAAUUCCACAUCGGGUGGUAUGCGAAUCCAAUCUUCUUGAAAAGGGACUACCCUGCUUCCAUGAGAAAGCAGCUGGGCGACAGGCUCCCCGCUCUCACUCCCGCCGAUUUUGCCAUUCUCAACGCCGGAGAGACUGACUUCUACGGCAUGAACUACUACACCUCUCAGUUCGCCCGCCACCGCGAAGGCCCCGUCCCCAAGACGGACUUCCUCGGCGCCAUCCACGAGCACCAGGAGAACAAGGACGGCAGCCCCGUCGGCGAAGAGAGCGGCAUCUUCUGGCUGCGCUCCUGCCCGGACAUGUUCCGAAAGCACCUCGCCAGAGUCCACGGCCUGUACGGCAAGCCCAUCUACAUCACCGAGAACGGCUGCCCGUGCCCCGGCGAGGACAAGAUGACGUGCGAGGAGGCCAUCAACGACCCCUUCCGCAUCCAGUACUUUGACUCGCACCUGGAUUCCAUCUCAAAGGCCAUCAGCCAAGACGGCGUCGUCGUCAAGGGCUACUUUGCCUGGGCUCUGCUCGAUAACCUGGAAUGGUCAGACGGCUACGGGCCCCGCUUCGGCGUCACCUACACAGACUACACCACCCUCAAGCGCACGCCCAAGAAGUCGGCCCUUGUGCUCAAGGACAUGUUUGCAGACAGGCAGCGGGUUAAAGUCGCCGCUUGA